AUGGCUCCAAAAAAGACUGUUUCGUCUGUCCGGGUCAGCGAGGCUGGCGAAAAGGCGAUAGAUAAACUAAAUGCGAAGGAGUUCCGGGAGCGAUUCCGCAUCCCCCAUGACGUAUUGAUAGACCUGGUGAACGAGGAGGCGGCUAUGCCUAGUGAGAAAGGCGAGGUGGAGAUGGCUACUGAGACCUCAGCCGCUCCGGCAAUAAUUCCGGCUGAGGAUGCAUCCGGACCUAUGUGCCCGGACGAAAAUAUGGGGGCUCCGAUUCCGGGACACGAGCUACCCUCUCCUUCCUUAUCCGAGGAGGAAUCUGCUGAUGAUGCCGCUCCCGCUAGCCCUUUCAGCUACGCGGAGUUGGAAGCUAAGUUAAAGCAGAUUACUCCUGACUGGAAAGCCAUCAAGCCCUCUGCUAAGAUGUUUGAUAUGAUAGAAACGCUGGUGAGGGGCCUCCGCAGCAUGUCUCAACAACACGCUCUUUUUACUCAGCUGCUGCAGACCGCAGACUAUAUGAGGACCUUCUCCUCUCGGCACCAAGAGAUUGAAAAUCAACUGCGUCUGAGAAUGGAGGAGGCUGAGGCCAGUCUAUCCACCAUGCGAGAGGAAAAUGAAGCCCUCCGGGUGGAGUUGGCUGAGGCAAAGGGUCGAGAAGAAUCAACUGCGGGCCGCCUUCAUGAGGCGGAGGGUGAGGCAGCCCGGCUAAGGGAUGAAUUGAGUCGACUCCGAACAGAACUAUGA